GCCGCGGCCGCCGCCGUGAGCCCGCCCCCUGCUCGCCCUCCCGGGCUAGCUGGCGCGGCCAUGGAGGUCUACAUCCCGUCCUUUCGCUAUGAGGAGAGUGACCUGGAGCGGGGAUACACGGUGUUUAAGAUAGAAGUGCUAAUGAAUGGAAGAAAACAUUUUGUUGAAAAGAGGUACAGCGAAUUCCAUGCCCUGCACAAAAAGCUCAAGAAAUGUAUUAAAACUCCAGAAAUCCCUUCUAAACAUGUUCGGAAUUGGGUCCCUAAAGUCUUGGAACAACGUCGACAAGGUUUGGAAACAUAUCUACAGGCUGUCAUUCUAGAAAACGAAGAACUCCCCAAACUGUUUCUUGAUUUCCUAAACGUGCGACAUUUGCCCUCUCUACCAAAGGCAGAGAGUUGUGGGUCUUUUGAUGAGACAGAAUCUGAAGAGUCAAGCAAACUGUCCCACCAGCCGGUGCUGCUUUUCCUCAGGGAUCCAUACGUCUUGCCUGCAGCCAGCGAUUUUCCGAAUGUGGUUAUUGAAGGUGUUCUCCAUGGGAUAUUUUACCCUCACCUCCAGCCCAGGUAGAAAUCCUCCACAGCUAAAGGAAGCUGAAGCAAGUUUCGAAGUCAUAGUCAAGGAAAUCGAUACCUACCAAAUUAACCUAAACUCAAUGACAUAACAGCUCUCACUAGUGGUAAAAUUCACAGACCCAGCUUAAUUCAGGGCAGGGACAUUUCCAUUAGAAUGGUGCUUUUAAAAAUAGAACUGAACCAGGGGUUGCUGAGGUUAAGGUCAAGUGUUUAAGAAGUAGAACGUGGCUGCCAAUUUAGAAACACAGGAAAAAAAGGCUAAAGGCGAUCGCUGGGAACUCCGAGUGGAGCAGAACCGUUACUCUCAGCUUCGGGCACACCGUUUGCUAAUUGAAAACCUUAUCCUGAAUCAGCAGGAGACUGAUCAACUUUGGUGGCUUUCUCGUUCUGAUUGUAUGACACACUAAUCUUUUCAUCAGGAGAUUUUUCUCAGCCAGUGAUAGAUACAUUCUGAAGUGCUGGCACCAAGAGAGCAUCACAGAAACACUGUACUAAAUGUGAACAGGGAACUAAACUGGAGCUGAAAUUAUACUGACAAUAGUAGGGCAUUUUAAAAAUCAUGGCAUUUUAAUUUGCAUUACAGUGAAGUUGUGACACAUCUGGGGAGGUGGGGGGUUAGCUUCUAACGUCAGCACAUAAGAUAAAAUGGGGUAUCCAGAUGGUCCUUGAAAGCCCUUUAGGAUGGCGCCAUAUUGGAAAUAUCCAUCACAGCCUGUUUUUCCUCAAGUGUUUGAAGAGAUAUAACUCUUGAUUCAGUUAAAGACCAGUUUUGAAGGUGAUGGUAUUUGUUUAGGGGCUGUUUUGUAUUGAAAACCUAGCUUUAAACACUAGAAUUAGACGUAACCUGCCAGAUGCCCUCUAAGAGACGAUUGUGAACUGACAGUGACUGAAGGAGCCCCAGACUGACAACACCCAUCUCAGCUUACUCGAGGGCAUCUGGUCCUUCAAUAGGUGGUUUUAUUGCCAGGUUAAUUGUUAUUUUCCUUACUCCUUAUCAUCUCCUUUUCACUGACCUCAUAUAUUGAAAUAAUGUAAAUUAAAUGUGUUUAUGAUGUAACCCCACUGUACAUCUUAGAGGCAUUCAUAUUUUGAGUGGUAAAAGAUAAAAACAUAUAUGCAGCCUAUAUGUAUGUGCUGUAUUUGGGCAUUUCCUUGAAAAUGAAUUAACAGCUAGGCUAUUUAUGGUCAUUAGCUUAAUAAGCUUCUGUGUGGGAGAAAAAUAUUUAGAUUCAAAACUAAUAACUAAAUCAUGGUUUUUGAUUAGGAUCUAAAUAAACAGGUUUAAAGCUUGCUGCAAACUCUUAGAUAUUUGUGAAUAGAUGUGUUACUACAUGCUGGAAACAAGCAAGAACUAAAUAAUCAAGUGACAUUUUUCAACCAAAAAUGACUGAAUAGUCAAGUAUUGGAGAUAUUUUAAAAAUGUUUUUGUUAUUAGCUGUUUUGAGUUAAAUAAAAUGAAGAACACGAAGUACUGGAA